AUGAAUUUUAAUCAUCGGAAACGACAUGUGCUUCAAGGUGGUGCUAAGAGAAAAUUACCACCCUCAGAAGACGAUCUAAUCUUUGAGGAUUCAGGUAUUUCAGAUUCUGAGUUCAUCAAGGGGAGUAAAGGCUCUUCUAGCUUCUCUAAAUCUUUACCGUUGAGAGCAAUUAGACCAUCAAGAAGAAAGAAUGAAUCUAGAGAUGCCAUAGACCCAAUUCCAGAAGAUCUCAAGCACAUGUUUUCUCCAAAUAAGAGCAAGGACGCUCCACACUUGUCCUUAAAACAAACAUUCAACAAGAAGCAAGGAAAUGGAGUAUUUCAAAAUCAGAUGCGUUACGAUUCAAAUCGCAGCCCAUUAAGAGUUUUUGAACCUAACCUUCAAGAGCAUCUGGAAUACUCUGAGGACAACAUAUUUAUGCCAAACAGCAAUCAGCUCUCAGAACACGAACAUUUCUUCAUACAACCCUCCCCGAAUCUUCAUCCACAGAACAAAUUCUUCUUUGAUUCAUACAACAGCAAAGAUCAACUUCUUGUGCCUCAGUUUCAUCAACCCAAGCACUUUAGUGCCGGUAUGGAAGAUCACGCAAGGCGAGAAACAGAAGAAACCAAUUAUGGCGACUUGACUAUUCAAUUCAAACCAGAAAUGACAACCUCAGGUUCAUUCCACAUGUUCAGUCCAUUCAAUGACGAGUCUUCAACCAGUUCCAACCAUUGGUUUUCUUUUCAAUCAAAUCCAAGAGAUGAAUGCGACCUCUUCUCGCCACUGAAGCAUCGAAGAAGAACAGGUAACGAGUCCCAAAGCCUCAAUCAAGAAUGGAAACCUUUGUUUGGGGUAAAAUCAAACGAAGAUCAUUAG